CGAGCCGCUGCAUUUGGGCCUGGGAUGUUCCCAUGGCUCAAUGGGCUUGUGUAGGAGAAGUAGAGGUCUAUGGGCCGGGGGUUCCUGGGCCAUAUACUCCAUCAGGAGUCCCUCACUCCUUUUGCCGAAAGGUACUUGAGGGAAAAGGAGUAGUUGUGUUGAUUCUUCUGGAGGUUUCAUCAUUUCGUUGGGUGCCUCUGCUUGAGAACUUGUCUUCUGCUGGUUGCCGAAGGCUUCCCUCAGUCCCUCACAUGUCGAGGGUUUUCUGAGGGAAGUGUAAAUAAUCUCCGUAUGUGUUGUGAUGAAGGCUACUCUAUCAUUGUUGGUGAAUAUGCGGAGUUUUUCUGAAAUUCUGUUUUGCCGGAGGGUGUAAAUCUGCUUUGCUCGUGGGAUUUUUGUUUUCCGUUAUGUGCGAUCCCCGAGGGGUGUAUCCUAGUCCCCCACUCCUUUAGGCUGAAGGCGAGUUCGGGCUGAAGGAGUUAUGAUGUGUUGAUGAGCUCCCGAGGGGUUGUAACAUUGAUAAACCGAAGGCGUAUGCUGCUACAUGCUCGAGGAUGCAAUAUUGACAAGCUGAAGGCUUAUGCUGCUGCGGGCUCGAAGGCAUUUGGUGGAAUUCGUUGUCUGAAGGCUGCGGACAGUGAUAGCCGGAGGCCACCAUUUGAGGGCACCCUAGUGUUCGAGGAAUAUAGCCGUUGUAAUGGAGCCGUUGGAAGAGGAGUUGACGUGGCGUGUCCUCGUUGGCUGGGGGCGGGCGGCUGCCACCCAUUGGGGAAUGAGACGGCAUGUAAUGAUGGGCUUUUCAAAUCGAGGCCCAUAUUUCGAGGCCAUAAGCCUAUAAAUACCCUUUGCUAAGGCCAUUUCCUCCUGUGCGUUUCUGAGUCAUAGCGGAGCUCUGCCGAAUUUUCUAGAGAGAGAAAGUAACCCUUUCGAUCUAAGUCCCGAAUCUCAUGUGAGUCCUCCCUCUGUUCUUGCCUCCUUAGGUAUAUUUUGCUUGCGUCCCUCUAGAUUUAGUGUUUAUAGAUUCUAGGAGCCUUCGACCUGAACCCUUCGAUCUUUACCUCUCCGCAAUGUCUUCGGGAGAUGAUUCGCAUGAUAUAUCGAGGGAGGCUUCGGUCCAGCAGGAGAGCUUUUCGGACGUAGAAUCCUCGAGUGAGCAGGCGUCGUCAGCAAAUGAUUCUGCUAUAGCUGAAGAAGUUCAAGACCACCUUCGGACCGAGGCGGAAGCCGAGGAGUUCGAACAAGUAGUGGAAGACGAGGAGAUGGCCCUCGCUCUCCAGGUUGCAGAGGAGGAGGAGGAGAAGGAACGUAGGGCGGUUACCGUUGCCGUCGUGUCUCCCGACGACGCUGGAGAAGCGAGCAGUUCUCGGCCAUUGAACCCCGAACCUCUUCGGGUUGCUCCGGGAAAGAGGAAGAGGAAGAUGAAGGCGGCGCCGAAGAGGAAGCAGGCCGCCAUCGACGCGGGGCGGCCAGUGGGCAUACCCGAGGGCCAUUCAUAUCUGAACACGGCGGCCCUCGCGAUGAAGACAAAGGCGACGGCUUCCGACUACCAAGCCACCCAAUUCCUGGUAAGGCCCUCUGCACAAGUGGUUGAACCCGGCCCCAACGAUUUGCUGUCUGAUCCGCCCAAGGGAUGCUUCUCGCUGCACAUCCUCUCAGUAGAUUUGGGCCUCCGGUUUCCCCUCCAUUCCUUUUUGCUGGAGUACCUCGAGUUCCUGGGGUUGGCCCCCUGCAAGUUAUCCCCCAACAGCCAUUCAUACAUCUCUGGUUUUCUCUCGCUCUGCCGGUCCCGAGAAGUGGAGCCGACUUUGGAUCAGUUCUUCCUGUCGUUUAACUUGUGCCGGGGGGCAUACACACGCGGAGGGGUUCGCCAACUUACGACAACUUCCCUCCUGGAGGCUUUUUUCUGAAAUCCCGUCAUCCCACAAAGGGUGGAAAGAUCGAUUUUGUUACAUCCGGAUGCCGGAAAACCCCUUUCCGAGGCCACUGCGCGAUCAUUUCCGGAGGCAUCUGAAGGUUGGGAACUACGCCCUUGAGAAGGCCGGAAGAAAGCUAACGGCGAAACCCGAAGGCUCUAACAAGUUAUUGACUAUAAAGGCUGUCACCCUUCCAGACGAGCUCUAUCUGCUAGGUUUCCGACGGUUUCGACUGGAGGGGGAGAAAGAUGAGAGGUGACAUUAUGGAUCUCAAAGCCUUCGCCAAGCUGCAGAAACAACUCGCAAAGGAGAGCAAAAAGAAGAAAGAGGAGGGGCCCUCUACGCAGAAGGCUGUUGAUGAGUUUUUCAAGAAGCCGGAGGCCUCGAAUAACCAAGAGGGUGAGAGGCCCUCACGAAUUGUUGACGCUGGUGUUGUCAUCGAGGGCUCCAAUGCCGCGGAGCUCAAAAGGAAAAAUGCCGAGAAGGGCACCAAGCCUCCGGAAAAGAAGAAGCUAAAGGGGGAUGCUGGGCAGAAGGCUCCCCCAGUAGUGAUCAUUGAGGAGCUCUCCCCGAGCAAGCCUUCGGGCUCCCUCCCUUUGGAGAAUUUUGACGAAGGGGCCUGGCCCUUGGAAACUGUGCAGUUCCCCAUUAAGAAGGGGACUGCCAUCAUCCACGGCACCCUCGACCCGAGGGAGUUUCUGAGGGGUGCCACUCCCCCGCUUGAUCGGUCCACCCUCGGCCGGUUUGACGAUGAAGCUCUCGAGCACAAGGCCCUCCAGGCCUCAGUUACUGCUAGUGUGGCCUUCGGGGAAUGCGUCCGGAGGAUGGAGCAGAUGCGCCUAAACAAGGCGCAGAAUGAAGAGGCCCUUAAGAAGAUGAUUGUGACCAACACCGAGGCCGUCAGGCAGAUGGCGGAGCUGGAAGAAACCCUCCGGCGUACCAAAGAGGGAGUGGAGCAGAGGCUGAAAGAUGCCGAGGCCAAGGGCAAGGCUGCUGCGGAGAGGGCUGCCGCCGAGGAAGCUAGGGAAGCGGUCGCGAAAGCUGAGGCUGAUAAGCAAGAGGCCAUAGCUCAGGCAAAGAAGGACGUCAUCGCCACCUUUACUUCUGAGGGCUGGAAAUCCGAGGAGCACGGUUCUUGGCUGGCCUCGGUGGUGGAAGCCUCUGCGGACGAGUGGGUCAAAGGCCCUGGCGCCAUGUGGCUGGCCCUGAAGGGAAAAAGCUUUUACGAUGGUGGUCAGUACUUUACCCAAGCCAUGAUCUAUCGGAGAUUGGCUCGCCAUUUCGGGGUGGACCCGAAGGAUUUCGAUCCGGCGCCAUAUGGCCUUCCCCCUCUGCAGCCGG